CAGCGACAGCAGGAUGAAGGCCUUCAUGGUUAACUCGUACUGGGACCCCGAAAGUAAUACACUUCCCUGGCCGCGGCACGGCAGCUUAUAUACUGCAGCACCCGUUAUCGAUGGGCACACCCGCGUCAAGUAUCCGAUGUUCGUGCGGCAUGUUUCGUUUUGGCAAUCUGAUCGCAAGCGCACGGUCAAAUCGAUCGACACGAUAACGGGUUACAGAAAUCAAUAAAAACCGGGUAAUUCCAGGCAUUAGGUCCCUUCGCUCGCGCGCACACUGCCAUUGGCAGAUAAUGCCUGCCUCCGUUUUGGGUCUUAUCGCUGGCAACAUACAGUCUUGGCUUAAGGUGCGUGUGGUUUUUUUUUUGUUGGGAAAAUCUCACCUCGUCACGGAUUUAGUGCCCUGCUCGCUGUUGACAAGUUGACGAAAAGAAGGUCGUAAAAAAGCGGGAGGUACUCUGCAGUAGCUGCUGCUGCAUUCGAUAAGCCGAAGUCAUCUUGACGUCAUAUCAGCUAGAGACUCCGGGAAAUCUUACCGGCAAAUCGGUACAGUGGCCAUCUAAAUUUAAAACGCAUUAUUCGCACAACUUCUUCUUCUUCUUCUUCUGCUUGUUGUUCGCGACCAGCUCACCCUGGCAAUCGAUAGGGGAGUGCACGGUGUCUACUAGUGCUACCUCUACCGCUCUUAUCGGGGAUGUUUUGACGGCAGUUUUGUUUUGCAGAUCGCUGUGUUGCUCUGCCAGGGCCAGCCAGUCGAUCGAGCUGCCACUGCGCACGAGAGCUACCAGCCGUUUGGCGUACAGCGCGCGGCCGCGCACAACAGUGCGUAGAGACGUAUUGCGCGCAUUGCAAUGAACCGCUGGAACACGGCUGGAACCUUUGCACGCCACGCUCUUCCGCGCGUUUACUCAGCUGACGGUGUCGCCUGCUGCCGAAAAAAAAUGGCUGCGUUGGAAGGGGUGGGACGAAUGCACGAAACGCUUUUCCCUCCCGGCAGAAUGUGGUUCGAAAUCAGUUGGAUCUGACCGAGAUCUUCAGCAAGUAAGAUGCGAGCGGUGUUCUUGUCCUUGGGCUUAGUGUGCCUAGCUGGGUUGGCGGUGGAUGGGCAGACGAGAAGCAGGAGCUUCUUCGAUUUCUUCUUCGACGUCGAGAACAGGCUGCAGAAUGGGCGUAUCGUCGGCGGCUCGACGGCCACGAUCGCCCGGUAUCCGUUCGUCGCGUCACUGCGCCGAUUCUCGAACCACAUCUGCACCGCGUCGAUCAUUUCGACGCUCCACGCUGCCACCGGGGCCCACUGUACCUACUCGUUCAAAUCCUUAUCCGGGGUGACCAUCUACGCGGGCAGCACGAGCCGCACGACCGGUGGCCGCGUGUUCGUUGUGACGGACAAUUUCAUCCACCCGAAGUACGAUCCGGACACGUUCGAUUUCGAUGUGGCCGUGCUGCGCGUCAAGACACCGUUCACGCCGAACAUGAACAUUGCCUCCGUACCGCUGGUGCCGCCCAACUACGCCGUGCCCGACCGGGUGCAGCCCACCGUUGCGGGCUGGGGUCGCACCUCGACGGGCGGAACUCUCUCGCCGACGCUGCGUGCCGUAGCGAUCCCCGUCGUGGGUAACAUCCCGUGCCAGGAGCUGUGGAUUGAUACGGAUAUCACGGAUAAUAUGCUGUGCGCUGGUGCCAAGGGCAGAGACGCUUGCACGGGUGACAGUGGCGGGCCGCUGGUGGUGCCGACCACCAACUACUUCCAGCUGGUCGGUAUCGUGUCCUGGGGAUCGGCCGCGUGCGGUAGCGAAUAUCCGGGAGUGUACACCCGCAUGGCUUCACCCUCCAUUCAGAGCUUUUUAUCGCAGUACGUUUGAUGUCGUUGAUCGACGCCCGAGCGAUCGCCUCGCCGUUCGAUGGAACUAGAUUGUACGUAGAUUGUCGGCUGAACCGCGGGAAUGGCUGAAUGACAGAGCAGGGAGCAGGGAAUUAGCACACACCGAACCGCCCAGAAAUAAACUGAACCUUUCAAUGAUAAAAAAGAAAGUUGU